GUAACUUAUUAAAAAAUAUACAUAAAAUUGCGUAUAAAAGGAUUAUCAGUGACGGCAAAAUUAACUUUAUUUUUAAAUAUGAACAUAAGAUCCAGUAAUUGGUUUUUGUAUCUAACUGCAGUUGCAGUAAACGUGUUCUCCUUCAUAAUCGGAUGCUUACUAGCUUGGAACUCUCCUGUACUAGUACAACUUCAGUCAAAUAAUAGAGACAUUAAUCCAAUGGGAGGACCGAUAACAACCGUAGAAGUUUCAAUUUGUUCUUCCAUCCUGCCUAUGGGGUCCACUAUAGGAACACUUCUUGUUGGAAAACUUGCAGACAUUUUUGGAAGAAAACGAAUGCUAAAUUGUCUUGCAACUGGAGGAGCAGUUUCAUUUGGUGUCAUUUCAAUGGCAACAAAUAUUUAUGUUUAUUUCAUAUUUAUAACAACUGCGACUGUUUGUAUUUCAGCUGGUUUCGUAUUAGUACCCGUAUAUAUUACAGAAAUAGCUGAGGAUAAAAAUAGAGGAAAACUUGGAUGUUUUUCGUCAGUUUUCAUUGCUGUAGGACAGCUGUAUAUUUAUGUUUUAGGAACAAUGACUAGAUUGGUAUAUAUAUCAUUACUCUGUGGGUUUCCUUUACUAUUAUACUUAACAAUUUCUGCAUUUCUACCAGAAUCUCCAAUAUUUUUAGCUUCAAAAGGAAACAAAACUGAAGCAUUAGUAGCGUUAAAAAAACUGAGAAGAAAUAAGAGUCCAUUCGAUCUCAAUAAGGAAUAUAGUGAAAAGGAAACAAUGCUAGAUAGUACAUCUAAAGAAGAAAUUAAAGACAUAAGAGUACUCUUCAAAACACGUUCUGGAAAGAAAGCUAUGAUAUUAUCUGUAGGUAUUAGACUUACUCAGCAACUGUCAGGUUUGUUCAUAGUUCUGUCAUUUCUUGGUCCAUUGUUGACAGAAACUGGAAGUAGUUUAUCUAUAGAUGCGUUAACAAUCAUAGUGGCAGCUGCAAAUAUUCCCGUUGCUAUUCUAGCUCUAAUAAACUUGUUUGUCUUUACAACUGGAUGCAUUUUGGCUUGGAAUUCUCCAGUACUCGUACAGCUUCAAUCAAACGAUACGGUCAUCAAUCCACUAGGAAGACCAUUGACAGUAAUUGAGGUAUCUAUUAGUUCUGCAAUAGUUCCAGUUGGAUCGACACUGGGCUCAAUUUUCAUAGGAAAAAUUAGUGACAUUUUUGGAAGAAGAGCAAGUCUUACUUAUUUAGCAGUAGGAGUGAUUAUUUCGUUUACUGGCAUUUGUUUUGCGAGUCACGUUUACGUUUACUUUACAUGUUUUUUAAUUGCAACUAUUUGCACUACAGCUGGUUUUUUAAUUGUCCCAGUAUACGUUACAGAAAUUGCCGAAGAUAACAACAGAGGAUUAAUGGGAUGUUUUCUGUCAAUAGCAAUAUCUUUGGGACAUCUCUAUGUAUACGUUCUGGGGCCAAUAACUAGCGUAGGAAUGCUUUCGUUACUUUGUGGAGCACCCUCCGCUUUAUUUCUGAUAUUUAGUUUAUAUUUACCGGAAUCUCCUAUAUUUCUUGCUACAAAGAAAGAAAAAUCGAAAGCUUUAGCAGCGUUAAAAAAAUUGAGAAAAAACAAAAGUCCAACAGAGCUAAAGUUAGAAUAUAAGGAAAAACAAAGAAUGUUAGAAGAUACAUCUAAAGAAGACGUUAAAGGUAUCAGAAUACUCUUUAUGACACGGUCAGGAAGGAAAGCAAUAAUAUUAUCAUUGAUAAUAACUAUAACUCAACACCUGUCUGGAGUAUCUAUUGUCCUAUCGUUUAUGGGACCGUUGAUCAAAGAAGCUAGUAGCAACCUCUCUGAAAAUAUUUCUACAAUAAUCAUAGGAGCAGCAAAUAUUCCUGUAUCUAUUUUGGCUCUUUUUUUAAUUGAGAAACAAGGAAGAAGAUUUUUAUUCCUAGUAGCUACUUUUUUUGAUGGAUUGUCAAUGUUUAUCUUAGGACUUUUUUUUGUUUUUAAAGACAGCGAUUUAUCUUUACCCGAAAGCGUCAAAUUUGUGCCAGUUUUGUGCUUGUUAGUUUAUAUGACCAUGUUUACUUUUGGUUUAGCUACUGUUCCUCAAGUGGUGACUAGCGAAUUACUACCUAACGAAGUGAGAUCUGUCGGUUGCAGUCUGGUUAUGGUAGUUGGAAAUCUUACUGCCUGCGUUGUCGCUUUUGCCUACCCAAUCGUUUCUGAUCUUUUGGGGAUAUAUACCUGCAUGUUCGCUUUCAGUUUAUCCUGUUUUUCUGGAUUUAUCCUUGUUUACUUUAUGUUGCCGGAAACAAAAGGCAAGAGCUUAAUAGAAAUCAAACGUGCGCUAGAAAAGUAA